UGGCCAGCAUCUUCAUGUAUUAUGUCAUGAAUAGCGUUUAGUACAGUUGACCCUUUCAUUUCUAUAUAAUAUUCAUAUCUCCAUGUUCCAUCAAUUGUCCCCAUUUCCCUUCUUUCCUGUUUUGUAAUCAACUUUCUCGUCGCUCAUUCAACACUGCCUUAGAUUCAUCUUUCAUUUAUUCAUCAUUCCAAACAUUUUGAACUAACCGUAUGAUGUUUCGAUUGGGAAUGCUACCGCUUCUUCUGCUGGUGGUGGUUUCUGCUGAGACGCGCAGAAUGGAAGCAGCAGCAGAAUCAUCGAACUCUGAGUCCGGGAAUGAGUACACGCUGGAUUCAAUAAGGGAGGCUUUGGAGAGACAAGAGGAUACCAUCAUUCUUAAUCUCAUCGAGAGGGCUAAGUUCCCUCUCAAUUCACACACCUACGAUCAACCUUACCUGACCAUUCCCCAUUUCCGUGGCUCGCUUCUCGACUUCCUCGUCAAGAACACCGAGCACAUUCAAGCAAAGGCAGGUAGAUUCAAAAGCCCCGAAGAGAACCCCUUCUUCCCAGAAAAUUUAUCACCGUCACUUGUGCCUGAUUACCCCUUCUCUAAGAUUUUGCACCCUGGAGCCUCUUCAGUCAACAUAAACAAGUCCAUCUGGAAAGUUUAUUUUCAUGAGGUGCUUCCACUGAUUGUUGCUUCCGGUGAUGAUGGUAACUACGCACAAACUGCAGCUAGUGAUCUUUCCUUAUUGCAGGCCAUCUCCAGAAGGAUCCACUACGGAAAAUUCGUAGCAGAGGUUAAAUUCAAGGAAUCCCCUCGGGACUACGAGCCUUUAAUUCGAGCUCAGGACAGAGAAGGAUUGAUGAAACUGUUGACAGUGGAGAGCGUAGAAGAGAUGGUGAGGAAGAGGGUUGAAAAGAAGGCAAUGGUGUUUGGCCAAGAAGUGAGCCUUGAGCGUGACGACGACGGCGACGUGCCGAGUUACAAGGUCAAGCCUACCCUAGUUUCUCGCCUUUACGAGAAAUGGAUUAUCCCUCUUACAAAGGAUGUUGAGGUCGAGUACCUUGUACGCCGUCUUGAUUGAAGCCGUUAUAGAAUCCCGAGUUGUUGAAAAGUAAUGUCCUUGUUCAUAGGAUCAUGCAAAAUCUUGCAUGAUCGUGCACUGUCAACUUCCUUGUGCUUUACCUGCAAAAGUCAGCUCUAUAUAAUUAAUUACAGGGGGGAGGGGAGCGAGAGAAAGUCAGCUUUGUAGCUUUAGACCACGAGAAUAAAAAGUCAUGUAACGCAGAAUUAUUUAUCUGAUUCUUGUUACGGACGGAUAUAAACAUUAGUUAUCCAAAACUA